GUAGCUCAGUAUUUAAAUGUCCGUUGACUUAGCAGGUUGUGUAUUCAAAUCCUAGUCAAAUUCAACAAUUUAACAACAGAAAAAUGUCUUCAAAGGUUGCCAUAGUUACCGGUGCUAAUAAAGGCAUAGGAUUUGCAAUCGUUCGUGGAUUAUGCAAGCGUUUUGAUGGCGUGGUCUACUUGACUUCCCGAGACAUUGAGCGCGGGAAAAAAGCUGUAGCCGACCUUGAGAAAGAAGGCUUAAAACCUAAGUUCCACCAACUGGAUAUCACAGACAAGAAAAGUGUGGAAGUAUUUAGAGACUAUAUCAAGGAAAAAUAUGGCGGAAUUGAUGUUUUGGUAAAUAAUGCUGCUAUAGCUUUUAAAGCAGCCGCUACUGAACCGCAAUCAGUCCAAGCUGAACAAACCCUGUUUGUAAAUUACUUCAGUUUGGUAUCAACAUGCGAGAUUCUAUUCCCGAUACUAAAAAAUGGCGCUAGAGUGGUCAAUGUUUCUAGUUCUGCGGGACAUUUGUCCAGGAUUCCGAGCCAAGCGCUUAAAGACCGACUUUCUGAUGAAAAGUUGACGAUACCAGAACUGUCCAAGUUGAUGCAGGACUACAUAGAUGCUGUGAAGCGAGGGUCUUAUGCUGAGGAGUGGGGCAAGUCCUCGUAUGUCGUUUCUAAAGUUGGUGUGAGUGCUCUGACGAAUAUUCAGCAGAGACUGGUUAAUGAUAGAGACAUAAAGGUGAACUCCGUGCACCCAGGCUACGUAGACACAGACAUGACAUCUCACCAAGGACCUCUGACGAUCGAUGAAGGCGCGGCGGCUCCACUUUACCUCGCCUUAGAUGCCCCUGAUUCCGUAAGAGGCAAAUAUUUGUGGCACGACAAGGAUAUUGUCCAGUGGGAUAGUAGUGUUAUUUCUAAGAGCCCUGGUUAUUAAUUAUAAUUACCUAAAAUAAUUAAAUGUUGUCAUCUAGUUUUGAUAAAAAAAAUAGCACCACUCUAGCAUGAAGGGGGAUAAUAGUUAUUUGUUAUACAAGAGUGCAAAGUUGCUUUUUAACCGCGUGCUCAAUUUUGAUGACCGAGCAAGCGAAGGAUUCUAAAAUUGAAACACGAGCGUAGCGAGUGUUUCAAUAAUUAGAAUCCUGAGCGAUAGCGAGGGAAUCAAAAGAGCACAAGGUGAAAAAUCUUUGCACUCGAGUGCAACACGUAACUUUUCAUCCCACCUCAUCGAGGAAAUUACUAAAUGCAAAAAAACAAUAUGGCGCGCACAUACGAGUAUCAAAUUAAAAAGAUGUACUUACCUAUUAAAGUUCAUAUAUUUGAAAACUCACUUUAAAAAUGAAACAACGUUAAAAAUCUGUGUAAAAACAAUAAUAAAUAAUACUUAAUUAAUUGAAUAAUAUGUUGUUUAAUAUGUAUUUUAGUUUGAAGUCUUAUCAAGAUUGUCACAAAUGGAGUAUUGCACUCGAUGUUCUAAAUUCAAAUCACUUUGCCGCUCUAGAGGAUAAAAACGGCUUUUGCGCUCAGAUAUCAAAGGGUAAAACUACUCUUUCCGAGAUGGUGGGAUGAAAAAGUCUUUUCAAAUCUUUGUCUCUGGAU